CUUGUUCAUAUCAUGUACGAGUAAUGUUAAUUAAAUUAAGGGUGUCCAGAAUCCAGACCAUUCAAACUAGCAAUUGGAUGGUAAAUGAAAUCUUGUCCAGGCUCUCGACAGAGGAAGCAAAUCUCCAUUCUACCGCAGGCAAAAGUCAGAAUCUCCAUUCUAAGGAAAUCCCCUUCUCCGUUCUCUGCAAUUGCCUUCAAUGGGUGGUAUCUGGUAAUAAUGGCGGAGGGUAUGGGUGUGAGGACUGAGGCAGCUUCUAACAAACACAAAGAGUUGGCUUUUUGCUUAGAACCUCAAUUCCAAAGACAAGAUAUUGAUCCAGAAUGGGGUUACUGUGCAAAGCAAGUGGCCGAGACAGUUUGUGCAAGCGGAUCCGGAGGCUUGCUCCAGAGGCUGGCUUUGACCGGAGUGGACGUGGUCAGAUUGGAUUGGACGGUGGACAUGGCGGAAGGCAGGCGACGAUUGGGGAAAGAUGUAGCAGUCCAGGGAAACGUGGAUCCAGGUGUUCUUUUUGGUUCGAAAGUGUUCAUCACCAACCGGAUCAACGAUGUAGUGAGGAAGACUGGCAAGGGGAGUCGGACGAAGUUGGUCGGCCAGUAGAACCGGAGAUUGUAACAGCCGAAUAUCUGGCCUUGCCGGCGUCCCUAGAAGCACCACUCGCUCUCCCAACUGCGGAUGAUCAGCCCGCCGUUGAUGGUCGAUCUCUCAGGAACCCCGUCGGGGAUCUGGAGGUGAUGAGGAAUCGAUACUUCAGGGUGGGAGGGUUUCGAGGCGGAGGUAGAGCCGUCGGGGUCGAUCCCGCACCAGUUCUUGCA